AUGGUGGAGGAGAUAUGUCUCGCUGAGGAAGAGCUUCUUCAAAAACCAAGGCUGAGCAUUUCCAAGGACCAAAUCGUCAUCUCACCAGGAGACACCCUAAAAAUAAAAUGCUGGGGAGCCCCGUCGGUGAGCUGGCAGCUGAGGGAGGACAGCCCGCGGGUGCACGUGAGCGGCUGCCGCGACGCGGCCGGGCUGGGCUGCAGCCAGCUCGUCCUCAGGAGAGCCACGGCCAACGACACCGGCUACCUCAGCUGUGCCCCCAGCAGCACCCCCGAGCACCAGGGGCUCGUGGCCAGCAUCUAUGUCUUUGUCCAAGACUACAGGAAUCCAUUUGUGGAGAUGCACCCAGAACACCCUGACAUCAUCUACAUCACAGAUGAUAAGAAAACAGUGGUGAUCCCCUGCCGGGUCACCUCCCCAGACAUCAAACCCAAGCUUGUCCAGUACCCUUCUUCUGCAGAGAUCAACUUCAAGAAGAUGGUGUGGGACCCCAGGAGAGGCUUUGUCAUCCCCUCCCACUCCUUUGUGCCCUCUGGGAUGCUCACAUGCUCAGCCCACGUCAAUGGCAGCAUCUUCAACUCCUACUACAUGGCCCAGAGACUGGAGGGCAGAAUACAGAACCUGGCUCUGAAGGCAAGUGCCAGAAAGCUGCUGGUUGGAGAAACUCUCAAGCUGGAGUGCAAAGCAGAGACCUUCAUCAACGGGCGCAUCGAGUUCAUCUGGACGUGUCCCCGUGGCACACACCCCCACCCCAGGAGAACAAUGGACCAGAGUGAUGUGGUGUACAAAGCUGGCAGCAGCCUGGUAAUUGAAAAUGUCACCAUGGAAGAUGGGGGCCUGUACAUCUGCAGGACAUUCAAUGCCACCAGGCUGGAGGCCAAUGUCACUGUCACCGUGUAUGAAAAACCCUACAUCACGGUCUCACACAAGAAAGGGCCUUACUAUGAGAUCACCUCAGGACACAAGUCCCUGAAGCUGGCUGCCAAGGUGGACGCCUUUCCUCGGCCCACUGUCACCUGGUACAAGGAUGGCAAACUGAUCAAGGACAACCACACCUGCUAUGAGCCAGAUCCACUGAAAUACAGACUGGGAAUACGAGAUGUGAGACCAAAACAUGCUGGGAACUACACCAUGGUCCUGAGCAACCCCAAGUACGGCCUCUACAAGAACCUCACCAUGCAGCUGGUGGUGACAGAGAGACCCAAGAUCUAUGAAAAGGAAACAGAUUUUCAUAAGGUUGUGAAGGUGGAAUUGAGAAGCAAACACAAAAUCCAGUGCACAGCAAGUGGGAAUCCUGAGCCAAGGAUUGAGUGGAAGUGGCAGCCCUGCAGCCUCACAGGCACCCUGUGCAAUCCUGAGGGGCCAAAACUUGUGGUUUCAGAGAACACAGUCAUAGGAAACAAGAUCAGGAGCAUUGAGAACAUCCCCAUGAGGCAGGGGGAUAAACCAAAGGUGGUGAGCACCCUCAGCACGGAGGACAGCAGUGCCUCGGGGGUCUAUUACUGCGUGGCUGCCAACAAGGUGGGCGAGGAGGAGCGGAGCAUCGCCUUCUACGUGUCAGAUGUGCCCUCUGGGUUGCAAACACCCUCCCAAGUCACAGCCAUCGUGGGCAAUGACGUCCAGCUGACCUGCCGGGCCUCCAAGUACAUCUACACCCACCUGGCCUGGUACUACCCCUCCUCAGAGGCAGCUCCCAGCCACUCUGUGGUCAGGAAAAUGGACAAAUAUUCCAUCUCUUUGACCCUGCUGAUUCCCAAUGUCACGAGGGAGCAGAGUGGCCUCUACAAGUGCCGAGCCCAGAACGAGCAGAACAGCACGGACACGCUGGAGCAGCACAGCCAGCUCCUGGUCAGAGCGAAGGCGGCGCCGGUCGUGACCCAGAACCUCACGGACCUGGAGGUCAACAUCAGCGGCAAGAUCCUGCUGGAGUGCAAGGUCAGUGGGACCCCAGAGCCCCAGGUCAGCUGGAGGAAGAAUGGCUACCCCAUCUCAGCAGCAUCAGGAAUUUCCAUAGAAAACAACACGCUGGUGAUUGAGAGAGUGAAGAAGGACGACGAGGGGCUCUACGAGUGCCGGGCCUCCAACGAGCUGGGCCAGGACAGCACAUCAGCCUUCAUCAAAAUCCAGGGUUCUGAGGAGAAAUCCAACAUUGAGGUGAUCAUCCUGGUGUGCACAGGGCUGGCUGCCACGCUCUUCUGGCUGCUGCUGACCCUCUUCAUCCGCAAACUGAGAAAGCCCGAUGCCACAGACAUUAAAACAGGAUACCUGUCAAUUAUCAUGGACCCCGAGGAGAUGCCCCUGGACGAGCAGUGUGAGCGCCUGCCCUACGACAGCAGCAAAUGGGAGUUCCCCAGGGACAGGCUGCGCCUGGGUAAAACUCUGGGUCAUGGUGCUUUUGGGAAGGUGGUGGAGGCGUCUGCUUUUGGCAUUGAUAAAUCUUCAACCUGCAAAACAGUUGCCGUAAAAAUGCUGAAAGAAUGUGCAACUACUAAUGAAUGCAAGGCUCUAAUGUCUGAGCUGAAGAUCCUCAUUCAUAUAGGACAUCACCUGAAUGUGGUCAACCUGCUGGGAGCCUGCACCAAAGCUGGAGGUCCUUUAAUGGUCAUAGUGGAAUAUUGCAAAUAUGGAAAUCUGUCCAACUAUCUCAGAGGGAAAAGAGGAGAUUUCAUUGCAUACAAGUCCCAGGAAAACUCUGACCAAGCAGAGAAGAGUCUGGAUGAGUCCAACAGUGACUUGACUGAACUGAUCAAGAGGCGCCUCGAGAGUGUGGCCAGCACAGGCAGCUCUGCCAGCUCAGGAUUCAUUGAAGAUAAGAGUUACAGUGACUCAGAAGAUGAUGAAGAAGAUGCUGAGGAUCUGUACAAGAGGCCCUUGACUCUGGAGGAUCUGAUUUGCUACAGCUUCCAGGUGGCAAAAGGCAUGGAGUUCCUGGCCUCCCGAAAAUGCAUCCAUCGGGACCUGGCAGCCAGGAACAUCCUCCUGUCCGAGAACAACGUGGUCAAGAUCUGCGACUUCGGCCUCGCCAGGGACAUCUACAAAGACCCCGACUACGUACGGAAGGGAGAUGCACGGCUUCCCCUCAAGUGGAUGGCUCCAGAAGCUAUUUUUGACAAAAUUUACACCACGCAGAGCGACGUGUGGUCUUUUGGAGUGCUGCUGUGGGAAAUAUUUUCUCUAGGUGCCUCUCCAUACCCUGGGGUGCAGAUAGAUGAGGAUUUCUGCCGGCGCCUCAAGGAGGGGACCCGGAUGAGAUCUCCAGAAUAUUCCACUCCUGAAGUCUACCAGACCAUGCUGGACUGCUGGCACGGGGUGCCCACGGAGAGGCCGACGUUCACCGAGCUGGUGGAGCGCCUGGGGGAUCUCCUGCAGGCCAAUGUGCAGCAGGAUGGCAAAGACUACAUUCCACUGAACAUCACCUUGUGUCCAGAUGGAGAAUCCAACUCCAAAACCUGCCCUGUGGAAGAAAACCUGAAUAAUGGAGUGAAUCGCUGGAGUGCAGUAGAAACUGGAAACAACAGCAAGAAGAGACCCCUGAGUGUGAAGACGUUUGAUGAGGUGCCAGUGGAAAAGGAGAAAGUGAUGCAUGAGGAGUCUGACAGUGGCAUGGUGCUGACCUCAGAGGAGAUAAAAAGCCCCAAGAGGUUGGAGAUCCGUUCCUGGCCCUAUGGGAUCAUGGCUCUGGCGAGGAGAGCUGUGAGCAGGAGCAAGGAAUCCAUCCUGGCUGACCACGACAGUGUCAAGUACCAGCCAGCAGUGCAGGUGGAAGAGGACACCAUGGAGUUCCCCCUGGAGGACUCUGUGCUGCUGCCCAUGGAGCCCAGCCUGGAGUGCCACAGCCCUCCCCCAGACUACAACUCUGUCAUGCACUACUCAGCCCCCCCGGUGUAGGCAGUGCCCCAGGGCUGAGCUCAGCCCUGCCAGGCUCUGCUGUGCCCAGGGAGCCUGGGGGGCACAGGAGGGAGCUCUGCUGGGGUAAUGCUUCACACGUUUCUUCUGGCACAUCUCAGAUGGGAUUAGAAACAAUUUCAGAGCAUCUUCUCUCUUCUCUUUAAA